AUGCCCGCAAAACGCAAACCGCCAACCCAAAAACCCUCCUCCUCAACAACAGACGUCCCCCGCCCCCGCGCCUCCAAACUCGCAAAAGAACACAAUAUCUCCGCCCACGAAGAGCGCGAGAUCCGCGAAGCCUUUUCCCUAUUUGCCGAACCCCUCAAAGGCUACUCCAAAGAAGGCGUCAUCCCCACAUCAGAUGUCCGCUCCUGCCUCGUCGCCCUCGGCAUCCCGCCCUCCUCCCGCGACGAGCAGGCCGAGUUCGUCGAGAUCUUGGACCCCGAGGGCGAAGGCUUCGUCGCCUACGAGCCGUUCUUCGCCGUGUGUGCGUUGAAGUAUCAUCAGAGGGAAGAACGGGGCGGAGGGGAGGCGAGGAGGAGGGAGGUGGAGGAGGCGUUUGGGCUUUUCACGGGGGCCGGGGCUGGCGGAGGUUCUUCGGCGUCGGGUUCUGCUGGCCCACGGGAUGUCAUAACGAUUGCGGAUCUCAAGAGGGUUGCUGCCGUGCUUAGGGAGGACGUCAAGGACGAGGUGCUGCGGGAUAUGAUCCUCGAGGCCAACGGCGGCGCGGGCGUAGGCAGGGGAGUGAGGAGGGACGAGUUUGAGGAGGUUAUGCGGCGGGCUGGGGUUUGGCGAUGA